AUGGAUCAGUAUACCACAAAAGAGGAUGUCCUCAAGCUAGGCAUCACGGAUCCAGAGCUCGAAGCUAUUCUUCCAUACAGCCCACCUCCUGCAAUGGACUUUUCAGGAUCUAUUAAAGAAUUGCGUCAAAUAGUUUCAACAAUGGAGAGGAAAACAUAUGAUUCCUGUCCAAUAUUCGAUACGCAAGAAUCCGUGAUUAACAUUGCAAUGCGCGAUGGAUACCAAAGUGAGCUUCGCAUUACCAAGCCGGGCAACUCGUCUUCAGAAAACCCCGUGGUUGUUCUUAUCUUCGGAGGAGCUUUUGUUAUGGGCACAAAUAUCCAAUCUGUCAUCUGGGCUCGCACGAUCGCAUAUCUAUACGGUGCUACUGUUGUUCAACCCUCCUAUCGCUUAGCACCGGAGCACAGAUUUCCGACUGCACCGAAUGACAUCUGGGACUGUGUGAAAUGGAUAGCUUCCAACGCGCCUGCACUUGAUGCAGACUUGUCCAAAGGAUUCGUUAUUGGUGGCGGAUCAGCAGGCGCAAAUCUUUCCAUCGUCACAGCUCAUCGUUCGGUGAAAGAGAACCUCUUCCCGCCAAUCACGGGAAUUUGGGCUAGUAUUCCGGUGUGUAUGAGCAAAGAGACCGUGCCGGAGAAAUACAAGGAGCUAUGGAUAUCUCGUGAGCAGAACGCCAAUGCUCAUGGGAAUCCGGGUCUAGAUACAAAAUCUGCUGGAGGAUACGAGGAUUUGUACCAUCAGGAUUUCUUAUCUGAGGACUUUUCACCUUUUGUCUCUACAGCGCCAUUCUCUGCCAUACCACGAACGUAUGUUCAGGUCGCAGGACUAGACAUUCUACGCGACGAUGGUAUUGUUUAUGCGAAGUCUUUAGAAGACAGCGGAGUUGAGGUGAAGCUUGAUGCUUAUCCGGGCAUGCCACAUGGUCAUUUCAAUUUAUGGCCACGCUUAAAGCAGUCAAUCAAGUCUCAAGAGGAUACUAUUUGGCAUGCUGGGUGGCUUUUAGGCCGUCAAGUUCCCAGAGAAAGGGUAGAAGAACUUGUAGCUGUGAUUUUAAAAUGA